UAAUUUAAGGAUUAAAUUUUAAAAUACACUUUUAAAAAUAAAAAUUAUUUUUUCAAAUAAAUUAUUAUUCUUUUACUGAAAAUUAAAAAUUGAAACAUCAUACAUUAAUUUUCAGUAUCUGUUAAACUAUUGUUUUAUCUUCACAACAAAAUAAUGAUGACAAGUAAAAAUACAAUCUAUAUAUUUACAUCUUAUUUCAUUUGGGUGAGAGGUCCGUAUUUAUACAGAAGAAUACCGUAAAAAAAGAAACGCCGUAAAUUAACAAAGCCCAAAUUUUACUUGAUUUUAAUCCCAACUUAAUUUAGUUUUUUUAUUUUUAUAUCAAUAAUUAUAACCCCUUCUCGAAUCAUAAAAAUAUUUAAUUUUAUGAAAACAAGUAGUUCCAAAAAAAUAAAAAUAUCGCAAUAAGGAAAUACAAUUAAUUGAAAAGUACUUCUAAAACAUUAAUAAAACUUAUAAGAAAAGUAAAAGUCAUAUAAUAUCCAUUUUCAAUAUUAUUAGCGUUUGCACUCAGAUCAUUUUAAAUUCAUUUUAUAAUUUAUGUUUUGUAAAAAUUGAUAGAUAUGCAUUAUAUAUAAUCAAAUAGUAAUAUAAUAUAUUAAACUAAACUAAAAUUUAUAUAAGAAACCCGGACGUAGCCCGGGAAAACCACUAGUUUGUUUAAUCAGUAGACAAACUAAUUUAAAAAGCAUGGUCGAGAUCCAUUUCAUGACCAUAUAAUUUUAGUUUCUCUCUAACUGUAAAACCGAAACAAGAAAAUCUCAAAUGUAAAUUCAAAAGUUUCAAACAAAAACUCUUUAGAUUCGUUUAUAAAUUAGUAUAUCAAAUGUAUGAUAUAUGUUCGUCCACUAAAACACCUGUCACGUGUCAGGACUUAAAAAAUGCUUUUCUUGAAUAGAGGCAGUUAAUGUAAUAAUCUCCACAAAACAGCCUUUUAAUUGAUUUUUUCACUAAGAGAGUAGAGAUAACUAGCCAAUCAAGAACGACCAGAAAAACAAAGCUUCUAACGAUAAUCACUAAACUCGUAAUUAUCCACAAGGUCAGGGGUAUUUAUUUUCGCACCCACAUUUUUUUUGGACAUCAACACCCCCACAAACGUAAACUGAAAACCUUAAAGUUGGCUCACAUGUAGGGCCCACUGGCUUUUAUCUACCUAACUUAAUAAAUAUUUUGAUGCUUCAUUUAGAAAUUAAUAAUGUUAUCAUCAAACUUGUAGUUUAGUUUUGCAUAGUUUGUUUUUUGAGAAGGGGUCUUAAAAUAGCAUGCUAAUUAUCAUUUGAUAUAAUUUUUUUAUUUCUGUUUCUGGUUGAAAGAAAAACAUUACUAUGACUUAUAAAAUUAGAAAUAACUUGUAAUAUUUACAAAAUAAGGAUGGAUUUGGACCUGUCUGCUAUUUUAUCUCUACAUGAAUUAUAAAUUGUUAGGUGAUGUAUUGUUUCCUUAUGUAAAGCUAGAGUAGAUCCGGUGAGGAUAUAGAUGUAAAUUAUGAUAUACACAUCAUUGCACGAUUUUAUUAUUAAAUCAUAUAUAAAAAGAUAAGUAUAAAUAAUAAGGCUUAAAAAUAUUAAGGCUGUCAAAAUAAUGUUGUUUUUUUCGUAAAGUAACGUAAAUAAAAUAUUUUCCGAUCCUAUCUCAUUUCCGAGCUAAAUCAUUGUCCGCAUUCAAAGAUACAAAGAGAAUCUAGGGUAAAAUAAUUUUAGCAGUUUAAAACACAUGUAUUUACCCCCAAAAGAAGAAGACAUCAUUUGUAAUAGUGUAUCGGAUUUCGAAAUUAAUCUUUUUUUGCUUAUCCUAUACUUUUAUAUCCAGAAAUUAAUAAAAAUGAAAAGGUUAAAAAGUGAAAAUUUAGAAUACCAUUUCUCAACCAAAAAAAAACCUCUUAAAAAUAUAGAAAACUGUUAGAACAUCUGUCUGUUUAAGUGAUAAUUUUACAAACUUUUAAUUAAGAAGUACACUUUAAAAUUAUUAGAACAUCUUUCUUUUUAAUUUAUUUUUUUUAUCAGUAUAGAAACUACACUUUUAUACUAAAAACGAAAAAUAAUAUAGAAACUACAAUUAAAAAACCGACCAGAUCUCUAAAAACAGAAAAUGUAAAAGUGAGUAGUAGAUCACGAGAAAAAAGAAGAAGGGAAGAAGCGAGUGUUGACAAAAUAUCACGUCACUGUUAUUAGAAGCCUCUUUCGUUUCCGUAUUUAUUUAUUUGUUUUUAUUUUAAGAAAACAACAAAUCCGAUUAAAAAAAGGAAUAUAAAAGCUCUCCUUAAUUCUUUUAUGGUUAUUGCAUUCGCUAAUAGAAUCUGAGCGAUAGAAAAGCCAGAGACGAGGAGAGAGAUAAAGAGAGAGAGAGAUUUUUAGAAGACGGCUUGAGAGCUAUCUUCUUCUUCUUCCAUGAUUGUUUAGCUCUCUUCUUCAUCACUAAACUGUCGUCGUUACUUUAGAUUUUGAAUCUCUCCUGAUUCAAAAAUUCGGUAUUUAAUUAAUUUCGCACUUUAUUUUCUUAAUUCAAUUUUUUUUUCAUUUAUCGAUAAGAUUUGGGAGUGAGUGUUUCCAAUAAUCAACGAUUAAAGAUGAUUUUUUAUCGUCUGUUCAAAGUGCGAUCAGAUGAUGAGAGCAGAAUCUAGCCUUCAUUGGAGAGAGGAAUGAGGGAGCAAGAGUGGUCCACUCACUGUGAAACCUUUUUGCCCUCAAUGAGUGAAGAUUUCAACACUUGUAGUUGGUCUGCUUAUCGCCGCGGCGGAGAUGGUGCAAAUCUUCAGUAUCACAACGGCUCGAUAAGGGAUUCUUAUCCUGCUGCGGAUUCAUCAUAUUCAGGAGGGUACGAGAGAGAUUUCAUGAAACAGACAAUGCUUGAGCACGAAGCUGUAUUUAAGAACCAGGUGCAUGAGCUUCACCGUUUGUACAGAGUCCAGAGGAAGCUGGUGGAUGAAGUAAAGGGGAAGAACUCGAAAGAAGAGUUUAGUUUUAGUGAUUAUACGUCUGAGACUGCAAGUAAAAGGCAGCUUCCUGGGUAUGGAGAAGGGAGCAGCUCUCAAGCUUGUAACGGUCGUUUGCAAAAUGGGUUUUGUUCAAGAGACGGGAACGAGGUUGUGCCUGUGAAGGCUAGGAGAAAAAUGAUUGAUCUUCAACUCCCUGCCGAUGAGUAUCUUGAUACCGAUGAAACUGGUGAUAACGAAGAGAUUACGAUCCUCCCUCCAUUCAAACGGUCCAAAUCUGGAAGAGGGGAUGCUUCUCAUCAGAGCAACUCUUCAGGGUCUUGUUUGGAUGUGAAGAACUCAAACGGCCUAGCUGACUUGAAUGAGCCACUCAAGUGUCAAGAUUCAGAACCUGUUUCUCUAUCCAGGGACAUGCAUGCUCAUUACGGGAGAAACAAUGCGGAUGUUCAAGGACUCUGUUUGGAGAAAAACACAAGUCAAAAUGGAUGGAUGGUCCUUGAAGCAGGGAACAGCAGAAGCACACAUAGAGACCAGCUGCCUUCCCAUUCUGCACAAGCAUUCUCUAACAAUGGAUUUCAACCUCAGAGCUAUCCUAAAACUGAUCAUAACAAAGUAAUAUUCCCAGGAUAUCGUGAUCUGGAAGUUCGUUCGAAGAAUCCUCAAGCUUCUUAUGAUAGCCACGUGGAAUCAAGUGUGGCAUCUAACACUCCAAGGUUACACAAUGACUACCGCCCUGACUUCGGAAGACCAUGGAGCCACUGGUCUUCAUCAUGGGAGAAUCCUAGGAGCAGCUCACAUCAAAAAUCUUACCCAGUUCAAACGAAUCCCUACAUGAAUUUUGUCGCUCAUGCAAGGACAGAUUCAAGUUUUGAGAUGAGAAGUCCUGUCUCUAACGGGAUUUAUCAUGGAUUCUCUUCAGGGUCGAAGGAGGCUGCCUUAAAUUUCCCGUCAGCCGGCUUUAGACCAAACGGUUUUGUAGGAGAGGUAGUGAAGAACCAGAGUUUGGAAAGCCUUCAAGGGCCAAAAAAGCAGGAACGAUCAGCUGGGUUACCAUGGCUAAAACCUAAGCCACUUAACAGAAGUGAAAUAUCUAAUGGCUUCUUGGAUUUGAAUGCUUCGACAAAUCAAUCCAUUGAUGGAACUGACACAGGGGACGGCCUGAAUAGUAUUUCACCUCAGAAGAGUUUGAGAUCAUCUGCUUCAUGCUCUUAUAAUGCCAACGUGGGAAGAGUUGAAAUGAUCAAUCCACAUAGUAGAAAAAUCAUUGGGUGCCCAAUCUUUGAGCAGCCUACUAUUUUCAAGGAGGAAGUGAAUCACUUGGUUAAGCGCGACCUUGAUAUCAACUUGCCAUGUGAUGCCUCGGUUUCUGCUGACCAGCAUGGUACUAAAGCCUUUCGAGUUGGAAAGGAAGAAGGAAACAAGGCUGGCAACUUCAGACACUAUAUUGAUCUGAAUUCAUGUGCUAGUGAGGAUGAUGAAGAUUCUGCCAUACAUUCCAGUCUGAGAGUGAAAACAAAAGGAACAAUUUGUAUAGAUUUGGAAGCUCCCCCUACACUGGAGAGUGAAGAAGAAGAAGAUAGAGAGAGUGAGAAAUCAAAUGAAGAAACAUGGGGAUUGAUGAAAGGCCAAGACGGAAACUCCUUGGAUGAACUCAUCAAGGAAGCAGCACAAGCAAUAGUCGCCAUCUCAUUGUCUGAUCACCAACGUCUUCCCGGUGACGCAGCUUCCUCUUCAACUGUUGCGGCUGGGAAAAGUCCGCUCUCGUGGUUCGCAGACAUUAUCACUUCUCAGGGUGAUGAGUUAGAACGAAAGGCUGAUCACGAAGGAGAUUCUUCUGGGGAGAUUGAUUACUUUGAAGCCAUGACCCUUAAUUUACAUCCCACCAAGGAAGAAGACUACAUGCCAGAGCCCUUAGUCCCUGAGAAUCUGAUAUUCGAAGUGACGGGUUCAAACAGGCCCAGAAGAGGACAAGCAAGACGAGGAAGACCAAAGCGGGAUUUCCAGAGAGAUACUCUCCCUGGACUCCCUUCUCUAUCGAGGCAUGAAGUCAAUGAAGAUAUCCAAUUGUUUGGUGGGCUUAUGAAAAGCAGAGAGCACACUUGGAACUCUGGAGUGGCUGCUAGACGGAACUCAAAAAGAAAACGAAUCACAAGCCAAGCUCCAGUUUGCCCGUCAAUGGCACAGCCAGUGAUAGAGAGCGUAUCAGUGGUGGGACUUGAAGACAGUAAGCUUACAGGUUGGGGAAAAGCAACAAGAAGACCGAGGAGACAAAGGUACCCUCCUGCAGGUAAUCCUGCGACCGUGAUCUUAACAUGAUAGUUUCAGGGGGAAAACUAUCAGAACGUAUCAAAACUUGGAACAUUAUAAGAGAGUACAAUUACUAUACAAUAGAUUAUGUUUUAAUUGUUGGGGGGGGGGAUCGUGUUGUAUAUCUAGUGUUCGUCUUCUGUAAGAUGUGGCCAAACUUGAUUUGCUUUGUAUUAUAUAAAGCUUGGUUGGUUAUAAAACAGAUAGAUAUGUUAAUUGCUGUCAAUGUUUGAUGUCACGGUAAAAUAUAUGAUUUGAACAAAAGUA